GAACGCGGGGAGCGCCCAUUGUUCUGCGACGUCACCCGACUCCUCCCCCUCCCCGCCGCGCGCGCUCAGUGACGCUGUAAGCGGCGGUUUAAGGCGGUUGUCGGUAUAAGCGGUCUGAGCAGCAGCACCGGGUGUACGAUACAAGACCAGCGAGGCCUACAUAGUGCUGCAGAGCGAUAAGGUGACCAGAUAAUAGAUAUUAAAUGCAGGACAGUCUGGAGAAGCAGGUACAGAAAAUGGGGAAGAAGCAAAAUGGAAAGGGCAAGAAAGUUGAGGAAGCGGAGCCUGAGGAAUUUGUUGUAGAAAAAGUUCUAGACAGACGUGUUGUGAAUGGAAAGGUCGAAUAUUACCUGAAGUGGAAAGGUUUUACAGAUGCAGACAACACUUGGGAACCAGAAGAGAACUUAGAUUGUCCAGAGUUAAUUGAAGCCUUUCUCAAUUCUCAAAAGGCUGGCAAAGAAAAGCCAACAGAUGGAGCCAAGCGAAAGUCUGUAUCGGACAGCGAGUCUGAGGACAGUAAAUCAAAGAAGAAACGGGAAUCGGUUGAUAAACCCAGAGGUUUUUCUAGAGGCUUAGAUCCAGAAAGAAUAAUUGGAGCUACUGAUAGCAGUGGUGAACUGAUGUUUCUUAUGAAAUGGAAAGAUUCUGAUGAAGCAGACUUGGUUCCUGCGAAAGAAGCAAAUAUGAAAUGUCCUCAAGUUGUAAUUGCAUUUUAUGAAGAAAGAUUAACAUGGCACUCCUGUCCAGAAGAUGAAGCGCAGUAAAAUAUUUGCUAUUUACAUGUUUUUUUUUUUUUUUUUUUAUAUUAUUGACUUUUUGGCCACUUGACUCUACUUAAGAGUUACACUUUUUUUUUUUUUUUUUUUUAAUCCUCUGAAUAAACCACACCAGUAAUUCGGCUGAAUGUGGCCCUACAAAAUGUACAUGGUCUAUAUAGAACCUUUAAUACGUAAAUGUAUUUGCGGUUUAGGCUUUUUUAACUCUUCAAUCUACUGAAGUCUGAGUAUCUAUAAUGCAUACUUGCAAGUGUUUUGUAGCCUUCAGUUGAUGUGCAUGUUGAUGCUAUAGCCCCAUCUUUCUCCUAGGUUAUUAGCUCCAGUCCCUGCUUCAUUGGAAGCUGUCUGGAGAUCUUUGUAGUAAGUGGAAUGUUACCUAAUUGUAUAUUGUUUACUUCAAUGUAAAUACUGGUGAGCAGUGUUCAAUAAAUAGUUUUAUAUUCUCAAA